CCGCUGUUCCCCGAUAUCCUGGAGCUGAACGUGGGGGGCCAGGUCUAUGUGACUCGGCGCUGCACGGUGGUGUCGGUGCCGGACUCGCUGCUCUGGCGCAUGUUCACGCAGCAGCAGCCGCAGGAGCUGGCCCGGGACAGCAAAGGCCGCUUCUUUCUGGACCGAGACGGCUUCCUCUUCCGCUACAUCCUGGAUUACCUGCGGGACUUGCAGCUCGUGCUGCCCGACUACUUCCCGGAGCGCAGCCGGCUGCAGCGCGAGGCCGAGUACUUCCAGCUGCCCGAGCUCGUGCGCCCACGAUUGGGGGACGCGCAGGCGGACGCCAAGUUCCGGCGCGUGGUGCGCAUCACCGUGUGCGGCAAGACCUCGCUGGCCAAGGAGGUGUUCGGGGACACCCUGAACGAGAGCCGGGACCCCGACCGGCCCCCCGAGCGCUACACCUCGCGCUAUUACCUCAAGUUCAACUUCCUGGAGCAGGCUUUCGACAAGCUGUCCGAGUCGGGCUUCCACAUGGUGGCGUGCAGUUCCACGGGCACCUGCGCCUUCGCCAGCGCAGACCAGAGCGAGGACAAGAUCUGGACCAGCUACACCGAGUACGUCUUCUGCAGGGAGUGAGCUCCCCAGCCCCCCUCCCGACUCCAGCGCACCCAUUCCCCCCCUCCUUCCCGCCCGGCAGAGGAUUCUAGACUCCCCUUCCACCCCACGCCCUCCUGUUCCCCUGUUCCCCACCUCCAGUAGCUGGGCUAGUCCUCCUCGUCCCCCACUUGAGAACCCGGAGCCGCAAAUCCUUUCGGCUUUUUCGUCUUCUUUGGACCCCACUUAACCGAGAGAGCCCAGAUAUACUCCCCCCGCCCUUGUUUUCUCUGCCCCCUGCCUCAGACCACCCCUCCCCCAGUUUGUCCUUCAGUCUGGAUCUAGUGGGGCAGUGGGGUCCAAAGUCACCAAGUACCUGGGAAUGAUGGAAUUGUUCAGAACUUGACUGGACCCUGUCCAGCGUGUAGAAGAUUUCUUGAAAUCUUCUUAAGCCCUUAUGACUCAUUCCAGGUUUAGGAGAUGAGAAUCGAUAACACUGGGGACAGUGUUUUUCGCCCUCUUCAAAGGUAGAGUUUUAGAAGGCUGGAUGAAAGACUGGACCUGGAAUGAGGAUCCCCUGAAGGCAGUUCAGUGACUGUAAAUGAAUAAAGUUUCGAAAAGUUACAGAUAGAUGUAGGAGAAGAAUCUAGUGCAGGCACAGUGAAGGAUCAUAUCUUCUCCACGCAGAAAUAAAGGCCUUCGCCUGUGGCUUAAACUUGUUACUCGGAGAACGUGACUUCCAGCCUGAGGAGGCACCCUUUUUCCUGCGCUCACUGCAGGAAGCCUGUGGUUGGACGGGUGGACAUGGCAGCAGUUCUUGGCAAGAGGGAGAAAGAGUCCUGCAGCUGACAGGGGCAGGACAGCCGGAGUCCUCAAGCUCUUUGGGGGAGUCACCCCGGCAGUACUCAAUGGAGCUGGGUAGUAAUGCACGUCCUGGGGAUUAGGAAAGCCCAAGUAUUCUUGCAGUGAAUGGCAGUAGCUCUUAAGACUUGGGGGGUGGGGUGGGGAGGGAGGAAGGAGAGAAGGAGGGAUGGGAAGGGUGGAACAGACAUACUCAUUUAUUAUUUGGAAGUUGGAAGUGUGUACCAUCCGUUUGAGUACAUGCACAUUAAGAAAAAAAAGUACACAAGAACACACAAAGCAUUUUAUAAAGAUGAAUAGCAUCUACUCUUCACUGGCAGUUGAUUGAACUGUUUUGAGUCCUAAACUUAGAAGUUGCUAAUACUUAUAUAACCUAACCAAAGAGUUACCCAGUAGGGUUUAUGUUACUGAACUUUAUUUUCUGGUUGAUAAUACAUCCUGAAUUAAAAAAAAAUCUUAUUGAGCAAACAAAAUGUGUUUGAUUUUGAUUACUUAGACUUAAGAUCUCUUAUGAAAAACCCUUACUUUUCCCAAGCCCAGUCAUUGUUGACUUCUGGGCAAACCUGAAAAUUAGGAAAUGCCACUUCUUGUAUGUGGAUUAUUUGAAGUGAAGGUGGAAUCUUUGUGAGUGACAGAGCUGCAGAGAAAUAGAAACACCAAGGACUGCCCAUCUGUAGAGAGCUGUAAAAGGGAAUGUUUUAAAAUGAAGACAAGCAGUUAAAAGUGAGCUGAGCCAUAAAAUGGUGUUUUGGGUAAACGCAACGGAAACAGAAGGAGACCUGGUUGCCUUACACCUUUUCUCUAACGUGGAAUAAAUUCCCACUGCAUAUCCCGUCUAUACCAUACGUGAAAGGAAGUGAAUCCUUAUCUUCCAUGCUGUGAGGCUCCUUUGAGUAUUCUGUGAUGACUGAGAAGCCUUUCUUUUUUCAUUUAUUUCAGCAUUUUUCUCUGGAGUAUGUUUUUUAAGAUUUUGUAAGAGUCUCUUUUCACUGUUCAAAUUAGCGCUAUUUUUCCUUCUUUUUAAAAAUGAAUCUUGUACUGUAUCUUACUAGGUCCAUAACAGAUGUUAAGAAUUGGAACUGUUUUAUUCUUAGACUCAUGUGAUCCAAUAUGUAUAUACCAUAUAUAAACAUUUUACACAAAUCAUUUAGUUUUUUAAUUCAUUCACUAAUGCUGUAAUAUUUCCUGUAUUUGCCCCCAGUAACUUGCAUCAGAUGGUUUUAUACUAAGCAACAGGUUUUGAUGAGUUUCUUAUGUCCUUAUCAAUGAAGAAAUUGGGUUAGGAAAAAAUUCAUAAUUAUAAAACUGAGUUUGCUCCAUAUUGUUUUGCUUGGAUAUUAGUUGUAUACUAAUAUGUCGAUUAGCUGUUUACUUAAAUCAAGGUACCUGUAUUUUUAAUCCAUUGAUUCUUUUUUUUUUUUUAGUUGCGAUAGAGAUAGUUUUGAGGUCUUUUAUUGUGGUUGAAUUUUUAGAAAGGUGAAGUUGGCUUUAUAUACAGAGACAGUAAUCCUAAGGGAAGUGGAGGUAGACAGCCAGGAAGCCGUGUUUGCUUCCCUGUUGAGUGUGAUCUCAGACUAGGUAAUGCAUCAGAACUUAUCUGUUUCAAGCCUGAAAUGAUUUAGGAAUGUUGCUCUCUGGCCAAAUAUGAGUGUCACAGAGACUUCUUUGCCCAUAUGGUAUUCUGUUAGAUUACUCAACAAAAAUCACAUAAUUGAGAACAUCUUAGAGGGCCAGAUAAAACCACCGACAUAUGGCAAGACUCUGAGGUUCUGAUUUUUCCUUGUUAAAUCUGCACAACUCCAGGAGUGAUGGGAAACCGCUAAAGUUUUGUCUCUGCCACGUAAGUCAUAAGUUUUAUCUUGUAAAACUUUGAGUUGAACUAUUCCAGACCAAUUUUACUGUGCCCCCAUCCUUGCUGCCCUGUAAUGCUCCCCUCCCCCAUUUCAUUAUAUGAAAGACUGGGAAUGUAAUGGUUAGAAACAGUACAGUGACUUCUUUUUCAAGGAAUGACUGUCCCCUCUAAAGUUGGGAGUGGAUACCAGAGAGCAUUCUACUUUUAGCCCAAAAUAAAGGCUGGGUAAGAAACUCAUUUUACAUUCGGUAGAGAGUAUAACAGGUAAGGAUGACUUGACAGGGGCACUUUUGGGCCCUUCCCUCCAUGUGCUUUGGGGCAGAGGACUACAAAGUGGCUGCAGUGUUUGUUGGUUGUCACCUGUGAGCUUAGAUGGAAUAUUGAGAUUUGAAUAAACCCUGUGAAGACACCACUCAAAUAACUUGGGAGAAUGUCAUAAAUUAUUUAGGUAAUUAUGACUGCAUUAUCCUGAUUCACUGUACAUGCAUUUACAUAUGUAAUGGCUUUAAUGGCCAUUUGACUCAUAAAUACAACUGAGUGACAUUAGAUUUUAAUAACAAAUUAAAUUUUUUAAAAAAGAAUACAUGUUGACAGUGGUGGUUAAAAAAACAGGUACCAUGUUUAAUGCUUUUGCGCCUAGUGUUUAACAAGUUGUCUGUUUUUUAAUACAUGUAGAAUAUGAACCAAUUCACUCUAAUUUUUCAAGUUAUAUGUUGUGGAAAAUAUUCCUUGAAGAUGUGAGACUUAAUGUUUUUUUUUUAAAUUUCCUCUUCAGUACUGUUUUUGUUCUUGUGUUUGUAUUUGGCUUUUUGUAUUGAUCACAAAGUGAUAAUUUACAAUACAAGCCAAAAUUGUCUUCUCUUUCAAUCCAGAACCAUAUAUAUGGGGCCUAUUUCUUCUCUGAGGAAAUGCCUAAUCUGUGAAUUCUCAGACAAAAUAGGCAACUGGCCAUGCUCAUAACAUAUUCCAAUUUUCAUUGGAAUUUUCUAUGGAAUGUUGUUAUUGUAUUGAAGCCAUGUAAGGUGAAGCUUUGAUAACUUCUUACUUUUUAAAUUAUGGUAAAUUCUAACCUAAGAUUCAAACAUUUUUGUAUUCCACAUGAAAAAUGCUAAAUUAUACUGCAGCAUUUAGAAAGCGUUGACUGGAGGGGUUGAAUUCCUUAAGAAUUUCUUUUACAGUUUAAAUCAUAAAUACUUUUCUCAGUUGACUUAAAUUUCUAAAAUAGUAAACUGAAUAUUUGUAUUAUAAACCUACCAAAGUAAACCCUUUGGAAUUCUCUCUCUUUUUUUUUUUUCUUACUGUAAGUCAUUUAAAAACUCAAUUAGUUUUCUUAGAUGACUAAUCUGUCUCUUGAGAAAUAAAUAAAAUACUCUUGUGUUUCCACUGGCUGUACUACCUGAAAUGGGGUUUCCUAGAACCAGAAACAAGUUAUGUUGAAGUUAACUUUACUUUGUCACAAGUUUGGAUAAUAAAAAUCUAAGAGUAUUAAAGUUUGAAGAUCGAGAUUUUUCUACUGGGGCCCUUGAAACUUGGAAGAAAUUCAACCAGAAUAUCUGCGUUACAGUAUCAUUUUGUGUGGUAGGAAGAUGGACUCUAGUUGACUAAGAAUUCUUGUUACCUUAUACAUUUUGUGAUUCCCCCCGCCCCAAGCCAAGUUUUUAAUUUUACAUGUAUUUUGACGUGUGUAAACAUUAAUUGUAAUGUAAACUAUUAUACAACUGUCUUUGUGACUUUAUAGGCAGGCAGAUUUUGCUAUUACUAUUGAAAAUAACUGAUGACAAUUCAUUUAUGACCACACAAGCAGCAUUAGUGACAUUUAAUGAUAAAAGGUUAAAACAUUCAUCAUGGAUGUUAAUUUUAAAGAUGUAAAUUAUGUAUUAUUUCCAGGCAUCUGAAAAACUUAUCUACUAAACAAUGUAAGAUUCCCACAGAGCUAUCUGGAAUUAUUAAAUUGUUAAAAAUGUUGUCUUAUAUAUCAUAGAGCCAUUUUCUCAAAAGAGAAGGGGAAAGGGAAAAAUUGAUUAUAUGAUUACUAGGCUUUUCUAACAAAACGGAAAGCCAAGAAAAAUAUCCCUCUAUAUUUUUAGAAAGGCACUGAUGAAGUCUUUGUAGACAUGCCCAAAGUUUAAGUGAGAAUUUCUUCAACUAUCUAAAUGCUCUAGAGAUUUUUGUUCUCCCUGUUCACAACCAGUUGUAUAACAGAAAUACUCAAUACUGUUUUCCUCCCAGUGUGUGAGUAAUGAAUCAUUGAUUAUGUGACUUGUUAUAUAUUCUAUUAAACACUAAAGAAUAAAACAUUCACUCCUUUA